AUGGCGGCGGCGACUGCCGUGAUGGGAGAAGGCACAACUGUUGGAUCAGGAGAUGGCGGGAAACCGCUACCCUCCAUUGUUAUUACAAGGUCGCCCGACAACGAGGACUCACAUCGACAUUGGGCGGCUGAGAAAAUCCAGUUGAAGUUGCUAACCUCAGGUGACAAGUACAGAAGUAAUGUACUUUACAACCAAAUUGAAGCAUUUGAAGAUAAGAUAUAUCGGUGUCACGAAAAUUUCAACACUGAUUUGAUGUACAAAAUGUUCAAGGAAUUAACAAAACGUAUAAAAGGCUCUAAGGAUAUUCAUACCAUCGAUGGACUUCGACAAGCAUUCAAAUCGGAAGCGAGACGAAUACACAUGCGCAAUAGAAGCAGAAAACCGGGGUUUCAAACAAACAUAGCACCGGAUGCAAUGAUGCAAUACUUUGCGUGGUUAUUUGAUUAUUUGAAAUACUUACGGGAGUUGCGGUCCAACUUUGUUGACCGAAUCUUCAAUCCAUUGUUCAAAUACUUCCUGGAAGUGGCUACUGCCGCCCCAGACCGAGAACGGUCAGUAGACUCGGCCAUGUCCGUAUCAAACUUAAGUUUAGUAUCAUACAGUUCAUUUGAUAGUGGACUGAGUGGACUGACCGGUCUGUCCGGCUGGAGUUCAUUCGCAUUAUCUGACGCGGAAAGCGAAGCAUCAUCCGAAGACAUUCACGAGACCCGGAAGCGGAUGUUGUCACGUGCAGCUCUUCUUUUACUGGGACGCGAAUUCCGGGAUAUCAAGAAUUUGUAUGACAAUACUGAAAUAGAGAAUAUUGCACAGAGGCUGUCUCUUCUAAAAGAAAGAAUUGAUUUCUUGUUAGACAACGAAACAAGUAUAAAUUAUGAAAUGUUCAGCCAAGAUAGUGAACAGGCGAUACAUCACCUGAAAUUGAAAAAUGUAAAAACGCAUUGUUUACUUCGUGUUUUACCUGACGUACUUGUGAAAUUUCAGAAAGCGGCCUGGCUUGCGAGGCGCUGGUUAAGGCUAGACGAUAAAAAAACAAAAGAUGUGAACGAAAAAUUGGACAAAUUAGCUACAAUUGAAGAACAACUGUCGCGGCGCCUCUCCGUUCUAUCUAAGGAUAUUUCUCGAAGACAGCAGGAACUAGACAACGACCUCACGGAACUCCAGCGGCUGAUGAAGCGCGAGGAGCGUUCCAACGAACUCCAUCUUGCUAUCCACGAAACUGAAGAAAGACGACUCAAGCUUGAAGCAAGUCUCGAAAAACUAGAAUCCGAGAAAAACGAUCUUGCCAAAAAUAUUCAAUCUGCAGUUCGAUACCGAAAACAGUCUGAAUACAAACAAAUGCGGACGAUGUAUGAGAGAAACAGGUUACAACGUUAUGCCUUAGAGCGACAAAUUGCUACAGUGAAAUUUCACCAGAAUCUGGUACAAAAAGACAUGCACAUUGAACUAGAGGUCAAACCAGAUCUUAUUCACUUCACAAACGAUGUUCAGGAUCGUUGUGAGGAGCUGGAGAAACUCUUAGAGCGUGAGAAGAAAGAGAAAAGAACUUUACAGGCGGCCUUGCUUCCCGUUGUGAGGGACAAAGAAAUGUUGAAAGAAAGAUUAAGUGAUAGCGGAAGUAUGGCUCCUUCCCCGAUUCAAAACAAUUACGUAGCCGAAUACGUUGGCAGUCGACAUAUGCACAAAACAACCAAUGCCAAGUACAUCAGAUCUAUCGAGAAUGGCCGAACUGUUCCCGCAAAAUUACAUGAUGGGUUUAAGAGUAAUACAACGAACCCAAAUAACAAGUUAUCGGCUGAUUGGCCCUGA